CUUUAUUCCGGCGAGGCCCAGCACCUGGCCGAGCUGGCGAGGAAAGGAGGGGACCUGGUCACGGCGGGCAGAUACGAGACGGAUUACAAGAAGCUCCAGCAUUUGGAGGUGAAGCUCGACGACGUCUGCGGCGACAAGUCUGACGUCAGCGAGCUAUUCUGGAUCGACGGGGGUUCUUUUUUCGAAGCGGAGCAGGACCUGUUGCAGAAGGGCCGUGGCGCCAUCGCCAAGAGGAAGCCGCCCCUCCCGCAG